CCAGCCUUAGACUCUCCCAUCGAUGCAUUCACUCACACAGCAAGCCAGAGAGUGAUAGUUCCCUACAAUUUGUGCUGGAUUUUAUUCACUGAAGUUUUCAUCUCAAAAGUGAAAGGGUUAUUCAUGAUGACGCCCUCUUGAGGUCGGUGUGCUAGGUGAUGUUCCUGUUGACCCCGUUGUGAUCUUGUUGGUUUCCACUGAGACUAGACGAUCGUAAGCACAACUGUCGAGUCACAGAAAGAUGACAUCAACAUCCCCCUCCCACAGCGACAGCAGUAGCGGCUCGUCCAAACAUGGCAUCCAUCAGGACAGCUGGGAGAUCAUAGAGGGGCUGAAGGGUAACCCUGGCAACAUCCAGGAGCCAGAGAAACAGGAGGGCUUCCUGCUCAAGAGGAGGAAAUGGCCCAUGAAGGGAUGGCACAAGAGAUACUUCUUGCUGGAGAAAGGCAUUCUGAAGUACUCCAAAUGUAGAGCUGAUCUGAAGAAAGGCAAGCUGCAUGGCUGCAUUGAUGUGGGGCUGUCUGUCAUGUCAAUCAAAAAGAAAACCAAGGCCAUCGAUCUGGACGCCAACAACAACAUUUAUCACCUCAAGGUGAAGUCUGAGAAGUCUCAGGAAGUGAAGUCACAGGAGUUGUUUGAUGAUUGGGUGUCGAAGCUACGACAUCACCGUGUCUUCCGUCAGAACGAGAUUGCCAUGUACCCCCACGAGAGGCACCUGUUCCACCCCUCCUCACACCUCUCCCCUAACCUCAACGAGUCCAUGAGACGGCAGCACUCCAGUCUGGCUAAACAGGCGUCAGUAGUCCAGCAGGCUAAGGUCAGUGCCUGGCUUCACUCCUCAGAAGACAUGGACAGGUGCUGCAGAGACUUGGAGGACUGUGAGUCUUACCUGUUGGAACUCAACCUGCUGCUGAAGAGUAUGGAGGUUCUCCACCGCACUUACUCUGCCCCCGCCAUCAGCCUCAUGGCCUCAACAUAUGACAUUCCCAAGAAGGAGAAGAGGGGUCCCAGGAAGUGGCGUUCAAAGAAUUACACCAAAGAUGCCCCGGCCACGCUACAGGUUCCUGGCUGUGGCUCACCGCCUGCCUCUCCUCAUCUCCAUACCUCCCACCCAAACCUCUCUACUGCUGAAGCCAACACCUCCUUCCUGGAAACCCCAGACUCACCGACUGAUGCCAACCGCCUCCAGGAAGACUUCUGCAGGCUGGCUAACAAUAUUCACUCCACUCUGCGGUCAGCCUAUAGUUCUCUAUCAGCAGAGAGAGACAGAGUGAGACACACUAUUGACCUGAAGGCCCCUCCUCCAGCACAGGUCAUGGGCCUCAAGGCCGGUUAUGGCUCGGGUCUCCCAGAUGGAUCCCGCCAACUUGUCCACCAGGCGUCCAAUGAGUCCAUGUCGGAGUUCUUUGAUGCUCAGGAGUACCAGCUGACCUCCAGCUCCUCUGAGAACGAGGCUUCUGAUGAUGACUCGUAUAUCAGUGAUGUCAGCGACAGUGUUUCCAUGGACACCGGCUACAGCAACGAGGGAGGAAGUGAGAGACAUGACUCUGCAGGCUCAGGAGGAAGUGGUGUUCAGGUGGCCCGCAGGCGGACUACCCUCCCCUCCCCCCAGCCCAGCAGCAGCAGUGUCAGUCUAUGGAACAUCCUCAAGAACAACAUAGGGAAGGACCUGUCCAAGGUAGCCAUGCCUGUUCAUCUCAAUGAGCCUCUCAACACACUACAGAGGCUGUGUGAGGAGGUGGAGUACUCUGAGCUGCUGGAUACAGCGAACCACACACAAGACCCGUACCAGAGAAUGGUGUAUGUGGCAACAUUUGCAGUGUCUGCAUAUGCCUCCAGUUACCACCGGGCAGGAAGUAAACCCUUUAACCCUGUCCUGGGAGAGACCUACGAGUGUGACAGACCUGACAAGGGCUUCAAGUUCAUAGCAGAACAGGUGAGCCAUCACCCACCUGUUUCAGCAUGUCACUGUGACUCUAACAACUUCACUUUCUGGCAAGAUGUCCAGUGGAAGAAUAAGUUCUGGGGGAAGUCCAUGGAGAUUGUUCCCAUGGGAACCACUCAUGUGACCCUGCCAGGUUGUUUGUCAUCCUCAGGUUUGGGAGACCACUAUGAGUGGAACAAGGUAACGUCCUGCAUCCACAACAUCCUGAGUGGCCAGCGCUGGAUAGAACACUACGGAGAGAUGUCAAUCAAAAACACCAGCAGUGACGCCUGCCAGUGUACAGUGACCUUCAUCAAGGCGAAAUCGUGGAGCUCAACGGUGAACAAGAUAGAGGGAGUGGUCACAGACAGUGGGGGGUGUGUCAUCCACUCAUUCUUUGGCAAAUGGCAUGAAGGCGUGUACCAAGGAGACACGCCCUCUGCCAUCUGCAUCUGGAGAGCAAAUCCCAUGCCUGUGGACCAGGACCAGUACUAUGGCUUUACACAGUUUGGUGUGGAGCUGAAUGAGCUUGAUGCCGCCCUGAAGCCCUUCCUACCCCCCACAGACACACGCUUCCGUCUCGACCAGAGGUGUUUGGAAGAAGGGAACAUUGAGGGGGCUGAGGAGCAGAAACAGAGGAUAGAGCUGCUCCAGAGAGAAAGGAGAAAAGCCCUGGAGGAGAACAACAUGACGCACAAACCACGCUUCUUCAAGAAAUCAAAGGAUGACACGUGGCUGAGCUCUAAUACAUACUGGGAGCAGCGGAAGGACCCUGGAUUCAGCUGUACAGAGGACUUCCCUGUGCUGUGGUGACCCUGUAACCCCACAGGAGUACAGAUCUAGGGUCAGAUUAUCCUUGCCCACAACAGACACAGGAUUUUCCAAAACGGGGAUCUCCACCUCCACACCAAAAUUGCCGUCUAUCAAGCCGUCUGCAUCACCACACUUCUUUACAGCUGUGAAGCCUGGGUCACUUAGUCGCCACAACAAGCAGCUCUAGCGAUUCCACAGAAGAUGCCUGCAGCGCAUCCUGGGAAUCGCCUGGUGUGACUGUGUCCUGUACAGAAAUACUUGCUAAGACCAACUGCAAGAGUAUGGAGGCCAUGGUCACCCAACACCAGCUGAGCUGGCUUGGGCAUGUCAUUAGAAUAUCUUGGGAGUGCUUGCUGUGGAAGAUCCUGUAUGGCAAGAUACAUCUUGGCCGGCGGUCUGCAGGGGGGGGGCAGCUAAAAACGUGGCUGAGGAAGUGUAACAUCAAACCCACAGACAUGGAGGAUGCUGCUGCCGACCGUUCCACCUGGAGGCAGCUCCGGAGCGGUCUACAGAGGAGGAGAGGAGCUCCGGAGAGACAGAACUAUGCCUGCCCCCGCCAACACAGACAUAUGCCCCACCUGCAAUAAAGUUUGGAUCUCAGAUUGGACUCUACACUCACUAAAGAAUUGACCGUUAACUAAGAGGUGGAAGUCCUCAUCGGAUACGAUGGACUACCACAAGCAAGCCCACAACAAACCUUAACCAAUACAGGGAAAACUCACAACUGACCUUAGAUCAGCACUCGGGAGACAACACUAGUCAAAGCUCUGACCCGGUGACUGGGGACUGCUGAGUGUCAGGGUGACCAAGACCAAAAAUGAGCUUCCCGUGUCUGUAGGUAGAGCUUAACUAGGGCUCGAUCUCUUCAACCUAAUACAGAGUUUUCACUUGAUUCUUUGUUUAAAAGAAAAGAAAGCAUCUUUUAAUUUUUUUGGCAUGACUUUAGUCUUUCCAGGGAUAGGGUUUUCUUCUUUCAAUUUGAUCAUUUUCUCUAUGUAUAUUUUAUACUGUCACUGUAGUUCGGAUGCAGUCCAGCCACCAAAGUGCCUUAAUAUGGAAUGCUGUUCUAUUCACAGUAACCUGCUGUAGAUGAUUAUGCAAAUCCUCACUCACUAUUGGUGAGUUGGUGCUUCUGCGCACUUAUGUCAUUCUUAAUGUGGUCUAUAUAGAAGAUCACUGGUGGGGUGUUGAGGUAUGCAUCCCAAAUGGCAACCUAUUAUCUAUAUAGUGCUAUUUAUGGAAUAUGGAGCAGGGUGUCAUGUGGGACACAGUCAAGGGUUGUAACUAGGGGGAUUUAACUUGUUCUAAAUGUCAAGCAUUCUACUGUAAGAGUAUGAUUCUGUCCAAUCACAAUACAGAUUGUUUUAAUACUCCUUAACCACUGGCUGACAGUACGUAUGAAAUAAGGCCUUAUGGAACUUCCUAACACUGCGUGUUAAAGCCUGUAUGUUGCCCGGUUAUGAUAAGAUGUAUACUGUAUAUCAGUAAAGAAUAGGGCCGUACUAUCUUUGAAGAUAAACGAUAAACAGUGAGACUGUUAUACUA